GAGAGAGAGAGAGAGAGAGAGAGGUCUCUACUGCUUCCUCUUCCUUACCAACAAAAACCAAUAAAAAAGCUUAAAAACCCUUUUUUUUUCCCUCUCACUUUCUCUGAGAAUCUUAUGCUGGCUGAUAUCAUGUUAUGUUUGAUCUGGGUUGUUGUUUGAAUUGGUAUAAAAGAGAGAGAGAGAGGCAGAGAGAGAGAGAGAUGGGUAAUUGUUUUGGAUCUUCAAAUUCUCAUCAUCCUAAUCCCAGCUUCAGCAGCAACUAUCCUCAGACUCCAGGGACUUCAAACAACGGUACCAGCAGCACCACGACAGAUCUCUUCACGACAAACAGCAGUGCAGGGAAGAGCCGGUUCUUCUCGGAGGAGCAAGCGAGCGAGACAACGAAGGAAGACGAGGAGGAGAAAGAAGAGGUAGAAGAAUGGAGUGCCAGAAAAGGGCGGAUCCUAAAGAGCCCCAACUUAAAAGUGUUCACUUUUGCGGAGUUGAAAUUUGCAACCAAAAACUUCAGGGGUGAUAGUUUGUUGGGUCAAGGAGGUUUUGGGAAAGUCUACAGAGGUUGGGUCGAUGAGAAAACUCUUGCUCCUUCUAAAUCUAGCACUGGAAUGAUUGUUGCUAUCAAAAAGUUGAACUCUGAAAGUGUUCAAGGGUUUGAUGAAUGGCAGUCGGAGGUGAACUUUCUAGGAAGGCUUUCUCAUCCUAACCUGGUCAAGUUGUUGGGAUAUUGUUGGGAGGAUACUGAGCUGCUGCUUGUUUAUGAGUUUAUGCCAAAGGGAAGCCUAGAGAAUCAUCUUUUUCGAAGAAAUCCUGCAAUCGAACCACUCUCUUGGGAAUUACGCCUCAAAAUAGCCAUUGGAGCAGCUCAUGGGCUAGCAUUCCUACAUAGUUCCGACAAGAAAGUCAUUUAUAGAGAUUUCAAGGCCUCUAAUAUACUUUUAGAUGCGAACUAUACUGCCAAAAUAUCAGAUUUUGGCUUGGCCAAGUUGGGACCUUCUGGUGGAGAGUCGCAUGUGACAACAAGGGUUAUGGGCACAUAUGGUUAUGCUGCACCAGAGUAUAUUGCAACAGGUCAUUUAUAUGUGAAGAGCGACGUGUAUGGGUUUGGUGUUGUGCUGCUGGAAAUGCUGACAGGCUUACGAGCACUGGAUACAAAGCGUCCAAGUGGGCAGCAAAAUUUGGUUGAAUGGUUGAAGGCUGACCUCUCUCACAAAAGGAAGCUAAAAACGAUGAUUGAUGGGAGGAUAGAGGGGCAAUGUUCAUCAAAGGCAGUUUGGCAAGCAGCACAGAUAACUUUAAAAUGCCUAGAACCAGAUCCCAAAAGCCGGCCUUCCAUGAAAGAGGUUGUGGAAGUUUUGGAGCGGAUAGAAGCAAUGGAAAAACCCAAGGAGUCAAAAAAUAGUAGUAGCUCUUCACAUUCUACUAAACGUUGGCAUGUCCAACAAUCGUUUCCUCCUCUUCGUUCCCCACUUCACUCAAGGCGUCAGUGAACUGCUACAGCCGCAGCAGAAAGAUAUCGACUCUACCGUUCGUUAUGAGAUUAAAGUUCAACACGGCGUUUUGACUUGUGACUUGACCCGACCGUAUAGGUGUUGCCGUGUUGGUCAAUACCGCAAAGAUGAAAGAUGUAGACCCCAAGCAGGCCCAAGUCCAAGCAGGCCAUCCAACGAUAUAACAAGAUCGGAAAAUGACAUAUUAGUGCUCAUUUUAUGAAAGUUAAUAAUUACAUAAUUCAUAUUUGUUGUUCUUCUU